CAGAAGCUUCCGGACCUAGCAUCAGGUCACUGAGAUUAUCUGUGAAACGUGUCAUGAUUAAUCAGGGCCGUCCAUGUACAACUGCAGAUACAUUUAGUCUUGAAUGGAGGAGAAGCAUGUAUUUACAAGAUGCGUGGGGAUCACAGUACGUAUAUCAAGGUGAUUACAGUAUGACAGGAAGGAAAGUUACGGCUGUUGCUCAGGAGGUAGAGUGGUCAUCCACCAAGAGAAGGGACGGUGGUUCGAUCCCCGGAACUUGUGGUCAACAUGCCGAAGCAAGGCCGAGUCUGCAGGUGAGCUCACUCCCGUCCAGACACCCAAUGAUAAGGAGAGCCGGCUAUUCUCUCAGUUUCUCCCUGAGUCUGUCAGAGAGGAAAUGUUUGAGCAGCAUGGAUCCUGGAUAAGACACACAAAAGGUACAGAGAAUCAUAGAUCAGAGGGCUUUCCCCAUGAUAUCAGAUGAGGAGAUCCUGAAGUACCAGCAACGCUUCACAGAGCCUCGUCUGUCCAACUGGGAUGUUGUGUGGUGAUUUCGAUGUGGAGGUAGAAACACAACAGUCUAGCUGGAUGGUUGUUUACUGAGCACAGUGGAGGCCAGGGGCUUGUCUCUAGUACUGAGGGGAAACAUCUUAAAGCUGGAAUUCAAAGCCUCAAUCCUCUCAUGUUUAUGGCUGGCGACUCUGAUACCGAGAGAGCAGAUCAGAUCACAAACAGAGCUUUGGUGAAAGAAUCCAUCAUCAGAUUUAUUUUAAAGCAAGAACUUCUACAAACCGCAGGACCAUAAGACCCAGGUCUUUGAAAACGAGCUUGUGGAGCAUAUCAACUUAGAAAUAUUGAAGAGUAUUGAAACAGAGUCCGGAACCUCAAACGCCUUGAGGAUCCAAAGAACAAAAUUAAACUGGGCCAGGAACUGUGGUAGCCAAUCACAAUCACUCUAUGCAAGGCCUGAUGGGGCCUGAUGGAAGAUGUCAGGAUGGCCUUGGUGGCCUGCAGCCUCUUAGCCACAGAAAUCAUGAACCACCUGAAGCCUACUGUGAGCUUUGUAGCAGACACCAAGCCUGGAGAUGAAAUGUAUAUUUCAAACAAACUAAAUUAAGUGCUUUAAAGACUGAGUAUAAUUAAGAAGUGGGACUUGGAAACGUCUGGCGUUUUCCUUACCUGUGCCAAAUCUACGGAGGAGGUGCAUUCCUCAUCCCCUACCUGAUAGCGCUGGUGUUUGAGGGUCUCCCUCUGCUCUACCUGGAGUUGGCUAUAGGACAGAGGCUCCGCAUGGGCAGCAUCGGUGUCUGGAACUCCAUCUCACCGCUACUGGGUGGAGUCGGAAUUGCCUCCAUGUUGGUGUCGUUCCUGGUGGGCAUUUUCUACAACACCAUCCUGGCCUGGGUGCUCUGGUACUUCUUUCACUCUUUCCAAAACCCCCUGCCCUGGAGCCAGUGUCCACUCAACGAUAACCUCACAGGCUUUAAUGUGGAGUGUGUGAAGAGCACACCAGCAAACUACUUCUGGUACCGGGAGACCCUGAACAUCACACCUGACAUCGAGACCAGCGGCUCUCUACAUUGGUGGCUGGUCGUCUGUCUGGCCAGCGCCUGGUGUGUGGUCUACAUCUGCUUCAUCAAAGGCAUCGAGUCCGUGGGGAAGGCUGUGUAUGUGACCGCCACAUUCCCUUACCUGGUGCUGACUAUUUUCCUGAUCCGUGCCCUCACUCUGCCUGGAGCUACUGAUGGACUGGUGUACCUCUUCACUCCUGAUUGGGAGAUACUGAAGAACCCUCAGGUGUGGCUGGACGCUUUCACCCAGAUCUUCUUCUCUCUGUCUCUGGCCUUCGGAGGACUCAUAGCUUUCUCCAGCUAUAAUGCAGAGAAAAACAACUGUGAGAGGGAUGCUGUUCUAGUGGGAGUAAUAAACAGUGCCACAUCUCUCUACGCCUCCAUUUCCAUCUUCUCCAUCCUGGGAUUUAAAGCUACCUCCGGCUUCAACUCCUGUGUUAAAGAAAACAUCUUGGCUCUGACGAACCACUUUGAGAUUUCAGACCAGAACAUAACAGUGGAGAACUACGAUCACUGGUUUAAGUAUCUGAACGGUUCAUCUCCAGGUGACGUGGCAAGUUUGGACCUGAGGCCCUGUGACCUGCAAACAUUUCUUGACCAGAGUGCUUCAGGUACCGGCUUGGCUUUUAUUGUGUUCACUGAAGCAGUGAUAGAGAUGCCGGGCUCGCAGAUAUGGGCCAUACUGUUCUUCGUCAUGCUCUUCAGCUUGGGUCUCUCCUCCAUGUUUGGCAACAUAGAGGGAGUCCUCACGCCCAUCAACGACCUCAAAUUAGUGCCCAAGUGGAUCCCAAAGGAAGCCAUAACAGCGAUCGUCUGCUUGGUAGCCUUCUUGACGGCUCUCAUCUUCACCCUGGGUUCGGGAAACUACUGGGUGGAGGUCUUUAACGGCUACGUGGGCUCGGUACCGCUGCUCAUCAUCGCAUUCUUUGAAAUUAUUGGAGUCGUUUAUGUCUAUGGAAUGAAAACUUUCAGUGAAGACAUCUUUUUCAUGACUGGGAAGAAGCCCAACAUCUUCUGGAAGGCAUGCUGGAUGUUCAUCAGUCCUUUCUUGCUCCUGGUGGUGUUGAUCGCCUACGUGGUCGUCCAGGCACAGAAACACCCGACUUAUCCUACAUGGAACCCAGCUUACGAACUUUUCCCACAAACUGAAGUGAAGCCGUAUCCAGACUGGGUGUUUGCCAUCAUCAUCCUCCUCUGUGUACUACCUGUGAUCUCCAUCCCUCUGGUGGCUCUCUACAAACUCAUCUGCUGUGGAAUCAAGAAGUCUUCUGCUCCUGCUCAACUUAAUCCCUACUGCAAUGAAGGCUUUGAGGUUGAAACACGGGAACAGGAGAACCAGUAACAAUGUUACUCCACAGAAACUGAAACAAUCCUCCUGAUCAGUGUCGAUGCUUCGGUGGAACAUGUAGUCAUGCUGAACUGUAAUAUAGACGUUUCUAUUGGUUUCUCGUGUUUUACUUUUAUCCUGACCUGGUAACUCACAAUUGAACAUUAAUGCAUCGUUAACACUUAAUUUAAAUGUCAUGACAAAUCUUAAGCUGCUUGCUGUUCAUAGAAAGGCCUUUCAAAAUAAGAUAAAAAAACUGAACAACAUCAAACUCACCAUUUGAAUAUUUCUGUGAAUUAUUUACAUACAAAGGAUCUUCCAAGUGACGUGAUGUGUUUUUGGUGGAAAACUACUACAAAGUGUAAAUCAAAGUCCAGAGAUACAAAAAGCAGUGAGAUGAGGCGCACGGUAGAACAGCAGCUGGCUGCUUUUCAAUGAUCCAGCUUUUCAAUGAUCCAUCUUUAUUGGUGUGGUGGUUACUUUUUUAUACGGUGUGUUAAUGAGGUUUUAUCACUUAGAUGUUCUAUAUGAGAUAGGACAGUGUUUAUCUCUCUAAAGUCUCUUUCCUGACACUCUACAUGUAUUUCUUUGGGACACGGCAGAUCAGAUAAAUCCAAAUCACUCGAGUCAUGAGACAAUUAAAAAAAUAAAAAGGUUUGUCGGGGCGCCGCAUAUACAAAGACUCUCUCUCCUCCUUUCCUAAUCUUAAAUCACUAUCAUUAAAGGCACAAAUGCCCAAAAAAUAAUAUUUGUACUUUCGGUAAUAUAAUGUAAUAUAAAGUAUAUAAUGUAAUAUAAAGUAUAUAAUGUGACGUCGGGGGAAAUUCUCAGUUCCCACCUUAUCAAAAGACUUUUUUUCUUUUUCAUGAUGAACUGUAAAAAUAAUCCACCUGAACUCUUUCCUGUAAAUUGGAAUUAAA